AUUGCCAUCAUUCCACAGGAUCCAGUUCUCUUUUCGGGCACUUUAAGACGAAAUUUAGAUCCAUUCGAAGAAUAUUCGGAUCCAGAUAUUUGGAGUGCAUUGGAAAGUGUUGAGCUGAAAAGUGUUGUAUCUGAUUCUUACGGUGGCUUACAAUCGCCAGUUCUACCACAUGGAGCAAACUAUUCGGUUGGUCAACGGCAGCUUCUGUGUUUGGCUCGAGCGAUAUUGAGAAAAAAUCGAAUUCUUGUUUUGGAUGAAGCAACAGCCAACGUUGAUCCACAAACGGAUUUAUUAAUUCAACAAACAAUACGAGAUAAAUUCACGGAAUGCACCGUUUUAACGGUUGCACAUCGAUUGCAUACAAUCAUUGACUCAGAUCGUGUGCUUGUUAUGGACUCUGGACGAGCGGCCGAAUUCGAUGAUCCACACACUUUGCUGCAGAAUGAGAAUGGCAUCUUUUAUGGCAUGAUUAAACAACUUGGUGAACAAGAAUUCGUGCAAUUGUCCAAGGUUGCUUUCGAACAUUCUGCUGAUGUUGAGACUACAUCAAUGUGAAUUGCAGAUCAAAUUGCACGAAAAUAAUUCAAUUGCACGCGUGGUUCAGAUUUAUAUGUUAUUGAAUGUGUGGUACGAAACUCAAAUUAUUGCGGGGCGAUUACGAACAAUUGAAUUUUUUUUGAAAUGUUCAUAAAUAUACAGAAGAAUGUUUGAUUAUUUUA